AUGAGCACCGUUGAAAACAUAGUACUCCUCGGCAAGGGCUUACUUGGCUCUAAUGUCCUCCCCGCCCUCGUUGAUGCUGGCUUCAAAGUGACCAUUCUUGGUAGAUCAGAGAACAGCAAACAUGGUCUUCCAGCCGGAGUCAAAUUUGGAAUUGUCGACUACAACUCCAUCGACAGCCUCGAAGCUGCUUUGCGUGGCCAAGAUGCAAUAGUGUCAACCGUCGGUAUGGAAGCUAUCCCAGGUCAGAAGUUGAUUAUUGAUGCUGCCAUCAAGGCCGGCAUCAAGCGCUUUAUACCAUCCGAUUUCGGUGCUUUGACUACGGAUCCAAAUGCCAGCCACUUCCCACACCAUCUCGGGAUGAUUGAUAUCCAGAAAUACCUCCACGCCAAAGCCGACGCCGGCUUAAUCGAAUAUACUAUCCUUUCUAUUGGAGCUUUCACCGAGUUCCUGGGGUCUGACCUCUUAAUUGAUUGGCAACACAAACGUGCAGAGAUAUGGGGCGGCGGCCGAGCUCUCGUCAGCACUACGAGCUUGGCUGCUACUGGCAAGGCUGUCGCUAGUGCUUUAAGAAAUUUGAAGGCUACAAAGAACCGCAACAUCUUCGUCCACGAGUACGCAGUGUCUCAGGAACAAUACUUGGAUAUGGCCAGAAGGCACGUAAAGCCGGAGACCAAGUGGUCUGUUGUCAAGAUAGAGGAUGUAGAGACUGAGUUGGAGAGGAGGGCAGGUGUAUUAAGGGAACAAGGUGAUAUGGUCAGCAUCUUCUCUUUAAUCAAAGGAACACUGCUAAGUGGGAGAUACAACUCACACUAUAAGCAUACCGACAACUCACUCGUUGGGUUGCGAGAACUUAGCGAAGCUGAGUUUGAGGCGAAGGGUGGCGGCAACUUAGGUCCGGCGAUCUUGCAUGCCUUGCUCCACCACUCCUAUUUCAACACGACCGUUCUUUCACGUGAAGGCUCCUCAUCCACCUUUCCGUUGGGCGUCAAAGUGCUGCGCGCAAAUUACAACUCGAUCGAUAGUCUCAAAACCGCUUUGAGAGGCCAAGACGUCGUAGUAUCUCUUGUUGCUGGGUCUGCUCUCGGUGAUCAAAAGACACUUAUCGACGCUGCUAUUGCGGCUGGUGUCAAACGUUUCCUCCCCUCGGAAUUCGGCUCGAACACCACUGAUGCCCGCACACGAGCUAUCGUGCCCAUGUAUGAAUCCAAAGUCGAAACUGUCAAUUACCUUAAGAGCAAAGAAAGCGAGAUCAGCUGGACUAGUAUCGUAACCGGCCCAUUUUUCGACUGGGGGCUCAAAGUGGGGUUUUUGGGGUUCGAUGCAGCGAACAAAGUCGCGACGCUGUACGAGAAUGGCACAGCCAAGUUCUCGAGCACAAAUCUGCAAACUAUCGGUCUUGCCGUUGUCAAAGCACUCGAAAGUGCUGAAGCUACGGAGAAUCAGUAUGUGUUUGUAUCAGGUUUCCAGACAAGCCAGAAACAGAUCCUCGAAGUCGCGGAGAAGGUCACGGGAAGCAAGUGGACUGUGAGGAAUGCUAGCGUCGAUGACGCUAUCAAGAAAGGCAACGAGAAGAUUCUUCGAGGUGAUUUCUCGGGCAUCGAGGAUCUGAUCUUGGGUGCGAAGUUUGGGCCAAAGCAAUUGGGCGACUUGAGCCUAGUGGGACUAUGGAACGAAGAAUUGAAUCUAGUGGAAACAGAUAUUGAGACAUCAGUAACUGCAGCGUUUGCAGGAAGACUAGUCUAUGAAGUAACAAUCAGCGAUUAG